AACAAUCGCAGGAAGCCUCCAUUUCGCGAUUAUGCGAAUCAAAUGCACACAGCCAGCAAUCCAACCGCAAGACCCACUGCAUUACAAAUUCAAGAUUGAAAACGUCGCGACGACCGAAAACAAUCGAGCGACAAGUCGACGACGCGACGCGCUUUCGAUCCGACCGCAAACAACUUCCACUCAAACUCGAGAAGAAUAAGUUUUACCGUUGCUUUAUUUCUACGAAUUUUACGAAGAAAAAACAAGCACGAGAAGAAGAAGAAGAAAAAGUUUGUGUGGCGUUUCUAUAGACUACAUAUAAUUACACCAAGAGAAGAAAAACAAGUUUUCUUUGUGCGCCGAGUUAUCGCCAUCGUGUAAUCAUGUUGCUGCAACCGAAUAGUGUACCAAACAGUACUGAUUCACAUCGAUACUGUCGUCAAGUAUCCAUUGAAUCCCCGGGUACAGAAGCGUCCAACUUUGUCUUCAACUGUGAAGUACCCGUCCCUGACGUGCCUCCCCAGGGCGCGCGGAUCAAAGUAGUCUGCGCUGGAGCCUGCUAUCGCAACAGGAACCGUCUCCCAUCCGCAGGCUCCCAGGCGACUAUCCCCGAAGAAGAACCCAGCCAAACUAACUACGGCAUUCGUGACAGUGCCCUCUUCCCUGGCUAUGAAGUAUCUGGGGUAAUCGAUGAGCUAGGCUCGGAGGUAUCCAUUGGUAGUGGAUGUGGGCUAACAGAAGGACAACGUGUUGUACUCUACCCGCACGAUGCAAUCCCACACGGUUAUUCAGACUAUGUAGUCGUGAGUGAUCUACAGUUUGUUAUCCCUGUACCGGAUAAUCUACCACUGAGUGUGGCGGCCAUGUUGCCAACUGGUGCGUUGUUAGGAAAAAACGCUGUUUUGGCUGCGCAUGAUAAUGUUCUGCGUUUAUUGGAGGAAAGACCUGAUCAAGACGUGAAGAUUUUGGUGGUUGGUACCGGAGGUUUAGCAUUGUGGGCGAUUAGAAUCGCUGCGCAUCAUUUUGGACAUUCUGGACAUCGUGAUAGAGUUAAAGUCACAGUGGCGUGCAUGAGAGAUGAAGGAUUUGCAGUUGCUAAAAGCAUUCACAAUGUUAACCUAGUCCAAUGGAGUGAAGAUUUAUAUGAGAAUCAAAUCAUUGAACGCACAACAAACGCAUGCAAUGGUCUCGUAGACAUCGUAAUUGACUUUGGUACCACUGCACGUACCCUCAACCGGUCACUACAGUGUCUCAACAGGAAAGGAGUAGUAUUAGUCAAUCAAGAAGUAGCCGAACGUCUUUUACCGCGGUUUUCUCCGAUUGCUGAGCAGAAGGAACAAAAAAUUCAAGCGGUUGCCAAAGGCGACGUUGAACAACUAAAAGAACUAGUUGAACUUGUUUCCAGCGGAGAGAUUGUUCCACCACCGCACACAGUCUUCCCAGCAGACCAAGCCUGUUCAGUUGUACAGAAACUAAGCAAAUCCGAAAUUCCCGGGCGAGCAAUUCUAAGAUUUCACGAUAUUGAGUAGAAUUUAAAUAGUUUCAUGUUAUGGAAUGAAUGUAAUCGACUGCUAGAGGUUUCUUGCGAUUGCGACAAGAAACAUUGUGAUAAUUUUACUGUACAUAUAACAUUUUAUAUUCAUACGAGUACAUAAAUGUAUUGUUAGUUAAAUUUAAGUUAUAUUUAUCUAAAUAAUGAAUAAAAAAUUAAAAUCUUUCAAAA